CUCUCAUUCAAGAAUUUUGUCUUUCACUUAUGUCUAUUCAACAAUUUUAGUAUUCUAACAUCUAACAUUUUUCUCUCAUACAACAAAAGAUGAGAGGAAGAAAACACCCUCUUAUCAUUUUUGCUUUUCUUGUACUGUUUUUUGCAAAUGUAGCUACUUCAUCUUCAAAAGGAAAAUUUACGCCGGCCGAUAACUAUCUGAUCAAUUGUGGAUCCCCUGAUACUACUUUGCUUGAUGAUGGAAGGACUUUUAAGUCUGACCCUCAAUCUGCUUCUUACUUGUCUACUGAUGAGACUAUUUUAGCUUCUGUUAAGUCUUUACAAGAAAAGGUCACUUCUUUUUCCUCUGCCUCUUUGUUGUAUCACACAGCAAGAAUAUUUGAAAGUGAAUCAAUGUAUAGGUUUCUUGUCUUUAAACCAGGAAGGCAUUGGAUUCGUUUGUACUUUUAUCCUCUUCCACAUCCAAAUUACAAUCUAGCAAGUGCUAUGUUCACAGUCACUUCUGAUAGUAUUGUUUUACUUCAUGAUUUCUCAGUGAAAGAUACUAGUAAAGUUGUGUUCAAAGAAUACCUUAUCAAUAUUACUUCAUCUCAAUUCACCCUCAAAUUUACACCUUUGAAGAAAUCUUUUGCUUUUAUCAAUGCCAUUGAGUUUGUCUCAGCACCAGAUGAUCUCAUUUCUGAUUCAGCUGCUGCAGUUUCCCCUGUUGGUGAUUUUAAUGGCCUGUCUCAAUUCGCUUUUGAAGUAAGUUAUCGGCUAAAUGUUGGAGGGCCAAUUGUCACACCUAAAAAUGACACAUUGUGGAGGACAUGGUUGCCUGAUGAUCAGUACAUGACAUUUCCUGAAGGGGCUCAAAAUGUGUCGGUUCCUCCUACGACAAUCACGUAUUCAGAUGGAGGGGCGACGCCUUUGAUUGCCCCGAGUUGGGUUUAUGCCACGGCUGAUAUGAUGGCAGAUUCAGGGGUGCCAAACUCGAAUUUCAAGCUAACGUGGGAGAUGAACGUAGAUUCGAGUUUUUCCUACUUGAUUAGAAUGCAUUUCUGUGACAUUGUGAGCAAAGGCCUAAAUGAGUUGUACUUCAAUGUCUAUGUUAAUGAUGUGGUGGGGGUCUCUAGUCUUGACCUUUCAACACUGACUUCAGAUUUGGCCACUCCUUAUUACAAAGACUUUGUGCUCAAUGCCACAGCCAUCACCAACGGCUCGAUCAUCGUGCAGGUGGGACCCGCGUCAAACGUCCAGUCUAUCCUCCCAAAUGCCAUCCUCAAUGGAUUGGAGGUCAUGAAGAUGAGCAAUAUGGAGGGAAGCUUGGAUGGUCUGUUCUCAUCUGGUGGACAUCAUGCAGGCGUAAUGCCAAGAUCACGUGGAAUGAGAAUUGCUGCAGCUUUUGGAUUGGCAAUCGGGGUUACAGCAUUAGUAUUGUUUUUGAUGGCCAUUGUUCGUCGGAGAACGAAGCCAACAAAGGGUUGGGAGAAGCAGAAGACAUUCUCUUCAUGGCUUCCUCUCAAUGCCAGUUACUGCAGCUUCAUGUCAAGCAAGAGCAAGACUAGUUGUUCAACUAUCAUAUCGUCUGGCCGCAACUUUGGCCGUGUCUUUACUUUCAAUGAAAUCAAGAAUGCAACAAAAAACUUUGAUGAAAAAGCAGUCAUUGGUGUUGGAGGCUUUGGAAAAGUGUACCUAGGUGUAUCGGAAGAUGGAACAAAACUAGCUAUAAAGCGAGGAAAUCCAUCAUCCUCACAGGGAAUCAACGAAUUCCUAACAGAAAUUGAGUUGCUAUCCAAGCUUAGGCAUCGACAUCUUGUUUCACUCAUUGGUUAUUGUGAUGAACAAUCAGAAAUGAUUCUAGUCUAUGAGUACAUGUCUAAUGGUCCUUUGCGUGACCACAUUUAUGGUUCCACUUUGCCAACUCUAACAUGGAAACAAAGGCUCGAAAUCUGCAUAGGAGCUGCUCGAGGACUGCACUACCUUCACACUGGUUCAACUCAGGGAAUAAUACACCGCGAUAUUAAAACUACAAACAUCCUCCUUGAUGAGGACUUUGUCGCAAAGAUGGCUGAUUUUGGCUUGUCAAAAACCGGUCCUUCACUGGAGCAAACUCAUGUUAGCACAGCAGUGAAGGGUAGUUUUGGUUACCUUGAUCCUGAGUACUUCAGAAGACAACAACUAACAGAAAAAUCUGAUGUGUACUCGUUCGGGGUAGUCCUUUUUGAGGUAUUAUGUGCAAGGCCUGCACUUGAUCCUGCAUUGCCAAGAGAACAAGUGAAUUUGGCAGAGUGGGCAAUGCAGCAGCACAGAAAGGGCACUCUGGAGAAGAUCAUAGACCCUCAUCUUGCAGGAACCAUUAGCCCUGAGGCAUUAAGGAAAUACGUGGAAGCUGCAGAGAAAUGCUUGGCAGAAUAUGGGGUCGAUAGGCCUGCAAUGGGAGAUGUUUUGUGGAACUUAGAGUAUGCCUUGCAGCUUGAAGGAGCAUCUCCACAGAGUGGUCUGCCAGUGAAGAAAGAGAGUGAGAAUGAAAAUUCGAAUCCAACUUCUUCAGAACAGCCUGAAAUGAAUUCGAAGGGCAAUAAAGAAGCUCAGCUCAUUGACAUCAAUGAUGAUUCUGGAGUGGUGGUUGGUUCUCCUAUGUUUUUAGAAGGUUUUCAAGGAAGAUAACUGAAAUAAGUAACUAAAACCAAAGAUUAUCGGCCUUUUUUAUUUUCUUUCUGUUUUCAUGGUUUUUACUUUAAAUUUUCAAGCAAUCUUGGGUAAUCUGUGAUUGAUUUCCUGUUUA